AUGCCUGGAAACAAGAGGUCCAAGAGCACAGUGUGUGGCUGCCCAUCUCUGCACCAGGACAGAGAAGACACGUGGCUCCAGGAACUUCACGGGAAGAGGAGGAAGCUUCAGACGGAGGGCACCAUCAGCCACAUGUACCAUGUGGCUGAUGGUGUGGAGCCCAUGGAGGUGGAUCCACCCCAAAAUCAGGAAGAACCGAUGGAGGUGGAUCCACUCCAAGGUCAGGAAGAACCAAUGGAGGUGAAGAGUGAAGGCCCCAAACUGGUGCCCUUCUUUAAAGCCACUUGUGUCUAUUUUGUCCUCUGGCUGCCAACUUCGAGUCCCUCCUGGUUCAGUGCCCUCAUCAAAUGUCUGCCCAUCUUCUGCCUGUGGGUUUUCCUUCUGGCUCAUGGAAUUAACUUCUUAGUGUCACACCGGAGCGCCAGCCGCAUCCUAGCGGGACUCAUAUUCUCGGCAGUGGGAGAUGCCUUUCUCAUCUGGCAGGAGCAGGGCUACUUCAUUCACGGUCUGCUGAUGUUCGCCAUCACACACAUCCUGUACUCUUCAGCCUUCGGCAUGAAGCCUUUGGACCUCAAAGCUGGCUUGUUGAUGGGCCUUGUUUCCAGUUCCUGUUAUGCCUUCCUGUACUCCUACCUCUCAGGCCCAUUCACCUACCUGGUAGCUGUCUACAUCGCCUUGAUUGGCUUCAUGGGCUGGCGAGCGGUUGCUGGUGUGCAGCUGUGCAAUGACCUCUGGACAUGGACCAAGCUCUCGGCCUGCAUCGGAGCGAUGCUGUUUAUGGUGUCGGAUCUGACCAUUGCACUGAACAAGUUCUGCUUUCCUGUGCCCUACUCGCGCUUCAUCAUCAUGGCUACUUACUAUGCAGCCCAAAUGCUUAUUGCACUGUCAGCUGUAGAGAGCAGAGAUGAAGAGGACUUCAGAAAGAGGAGCUAG